AUGGCCUUUAAGAUGCCUGAGUAUGCUGAGCAGAUCGUCCAAACCUAUUGCGACAUCACCGGGACGACACCCGACAAGCUUCGUCGAGUGACCACGCCUUGCAUCGCUGAAUCAGCAAUGGCAGACGAAGAGAUCUCAGCACCUGGCGAGCUCCACGAUUCAGCAUCACGCAUCUUGAUGCGCUGUUUGUGGUUAGCUCGUCUCUGCAGAGCUGACAUCUCGUUUGCGGUAACUCGCCUAGCUUCCAGGGUCACUAGGUGGACUGCCUGGGAGGACCGACAAGUACUUAGACUUGGGUCAUACAUUCAUCACACCAGAGAUGUUUGCAUGAAUGCCAGUUGCUCUUGGGAUGCCGCUCCCGAGCUGCGAGUGUAUACAGAUGCUGAUUUCGCAGCUUGUCCCUACACUUCACGUAGCACGUCCGGGAUCGUAGUCCACAUAGGCACGGGUCAACACGCAUUCCCUGUGAUGUGGCAAAGUCGCAAGCAAACGUCGGUUGCGAGAUCGACGCCAGAGGCCGAAAUGAUUUCAAUGGCAUCAGCCAUGUUUUCCGAGGUCAUAAACUUGCAGACGUUCUUACAGUCAGCCUUCAAAAGCACAGUGCCAAUCAUCUUCUAUCAAGACAAUGAAACUGUCUUGGCCAUCCUGAAGUCAGGAUACAGCCCAAAACUUCGCCACUUAGGGCGCGUGCACCGCGUAAACGUGGCAAGUAUGGCAGAGAUCUUUGAGCAAGAAGAUUUUUCGGCUACUUACGUGAACAGUACGGAUCAAUUAGCUAAUGGUUUGACUAAGAUCAUCCCUCCUGCUGAGUGGUCUGACAUGCUCACACAGUUGUGUCUGAAUGAAGGCGUCCCUCACCACGCGACCGUCUCAAGGGUCGUAGUCGAGGAAGCAGAACGCUUUGCAAGCUCACUGCCUCGGAAGAUCACACAAGAGGACCUUGUGCAGCUUUUGUCAUACUUGCCAGGGGAGAGCGCUGUGCGCCCCUCUGCAAGUGAGGCAAUGUGCUUCACCACCGGUGCGUUCGCGCACGGAGGCUUGGGCUACGACUCGGACUGCCGGGUCCGGCCGGCCGAGCUCCUGAAAAAAUCCGCUGCAGGCAGGAGCCCAUACCCGUGGUGCGAAACGGCCGUAUUCGACUAUUGGGGGGUUCCUUGCAAAGAGGAUUUCGACCUCUGUCUUCCUCCGGGUGAGGCAGAGGCUUUCGAAAAGCCUGACGAUAAAUGCACGACCCCAUGCGGCCGUGAUGGGAAGGAGAGGCAUGACAUGUGCCACACGAACGGGAUGCUCUUUCGCAGAGAACAACGCUGUGUUGCGGCACUGGGAGUUGCAGGAAAGGUGGAAAGGCCGGAUCGAGAACCAGAAAAAUUCGAAGGAAGCAUGUUGAACUUUGCUGGCACCAUGAACAAGUUGUCGGUGAGCGGCAGGCUUCUGACGCUGAGCCCGGUGUUCGACUGCAACUUUCGUGUGACCGUCGAAGGGCCGACCAGUGGGCAGCUCCCUCUUGGCAUAGACGGCCGCAUUCGCUACACCCCAACCACCGAGAUCAUUGGGGACUGGUCUUCUGCGGGUGUCAACGAACCAUUUGUUCACGAGGAUCCGGACAUCACGGAGCUCCAUUUCCAGCUUGAAGUCAAGGGACAUGCUAUGCAGUUCGAUGCCGUUCGUCUGGAACAGCAGUGCCGAGCACAUGUCUCAGGCUCAGGCCAGUUUAGCGACUGGUCCUUGGUGCCACAUGGGCAACUCAGGACUCCAACGCACACAGACGCGGGGUCUAACAGGGGAGCUCAAACUACACGGCGUUUGAAAGAUAGCUCGCCAUCGCAAGAUAGCGAUGACGACAGCUCGGAUGAUGAUACAGACGGCGCCAGAGUGAAGCUUUCGACUUGCAGUGAGUUUGUGGGCGUUCCUUGUAUUGACCCGGCUACGAAUGUGCAGACGAGGUGUUCCGACAACCAGGUCUGUGAUUCCAACUAUACUGCUGGCGGAGGCUUCUGUCGUUGUGCCGAUGGGUUCUGCUGGAGCUACAUUAAGCAGGCCUGCGUCGACCAGUCAGAGCAUGCCCGGGAAGUGGUCUCCAAGCUGCUGGAUGAGACCUUGCUGGAAAGACACUCUCCCAAGCUUUGGGCAACAGCCAAGGAGGUCGCCACCGUUGGGUUUUGUGCCAUGGAAGCUGCGGAGAGCUUGAACAACAUCCUGCGCCAUGUUCUCGCCAUCGGGCCUGGCAUUCUUAUAUCCGCGUGGACAGCAAAGCUGAUCUUCGUACAGUCCACUAUCCCAGGGUACUUCUCCUACUUUUUCACGAUGGUCUACAGCCCGGCAGCCUGGGUUUUGAACAAUGUGUGGCAUCAGACAGCUUCCGAUUGGAGAUUGUCCCUGGGCUUGGCAGCCAUGGCAUUCUGGACAAUCCCAGUCUCCGUGGUUGGCAUGAAGUACGGGUUGCAUCGCCCCAUGUCCGUGCCCAGGGCCAUGAGUCUGGUGAACAACCUGCUUUUGCUGUACUACUUUGUUCUUUUUGCGGCCGUCGUGUUUAUCGUGAUGUUUGUCUUCAGCGAUGAGCCUGAGACCGAAGCAUACUUCAGUGUGAGUGCGGCUUUUCGUCGCAAGCUUCGGCCAGGAAAAUUGAGCAAGACCGAGCUGUUGUACGUGCUGUUCGGAUUUCUCACCGAAUCCUUCGCGGUGUUUUUCAUCACCUGCUGUGCUGCCACGGAUGCUUUCAUCAUGGUCAUCGUCAAGGAGCACCGAGCAGCCUGGUCCCUGCUGACGAGAGGUAAGCCACUGCCGGCGGUGCAGGCAGACGAUGAAGAUACUCUCUAUGCCAUCGAAGAGCAAGUGACCCGAGAUUGGCUUCUACUUAUGAAGGAGUCCUCGGAGGAAGAUGAUGGCCUGGCUGGGCGGACGCUCAACACUCGCCUCCUCCGUGAGAACGAAAGGCCCUCGGAGCCAGAGGAGGCAGUGGAACUCACGGACAUGGCGCGAACGAGAGGCCAAGAGAUGGAAGAGCCAUCUGUGUAA